CCAAAUUUCCAGCUGUCGAAACGCAACAGUACUGUAGCUGCCGACUCCCCAAGCACUCACCCACCUCCGAUCCCGUCCUCGACAACACUCAAUUCAAAAGAGACGUUACUAUCCUUGACGCACCCAUUUUCCAACUACUCAAACAGCCCGUUUCUGGAAACGUCAUGGAAGCGACUUGCACCCGAUUUCGUCGUCAGCACUACCGUUUGUCAAGUCUUUGAAGCGGCCGACUGAGGCACCAAGACAUCGGAGCUUUCCACGCGACCAUUCCGCCUUCUCCUUCUCAGCAGCUUUAGCUUCAAUCGCAUCGACGACAGGAGUCCCCCGAGGUCUUCCCCCACUAUCUCUUUCCCAAGUAGCUAUGAAUUCAGAUACCAGACGCAUACAAAGCCACCACCCACACCGGGCCCCCAGCCAUCCCCAGAACUAUUACCACGCCUACCCAGCUGAUCGCCAACUCCGGGACUACGUGACCAGCCCGACUAUUAUCGUCUCCGUCAUCCUCCUCUUAUUAUCCGCCCUUUAUCAACUAUUAUUCAGCGAUCGGAACACCUGUACACGCUUAAAGAACAUUAUCUGGGCCCGCGUGGUCGAUAUCAUUCCGGCCACUCUACUCUUCAAAGUCGACGGCUUCCUCAACCCGCCACUGUUCCCCAGGCCUAUGACGCCCGCAGAAAUAGACAACUCGCAUGAAGCCAAAAGUCAAGCUCUGGGAAGGAUAUUGGGUCUGGACAAGCCAGGAGGCGUCAUGGAAUCCGUGACUUCGGCUGGGCUCAAGGGCCUCAGCACCUUGUCCAGCGUUGGCUGGAACUUCAAAAACAGCACUUCAGAUCGUCCGGCAGGAUUAGGGAACAACGACAACUCAUGCUACCAGAACAGCAUUCUCCAGGGCCUUGCUUCGCUCCAGGGCUUGCCCGAGUACCUGGCCCGGGUAUCUCAGCUGGGUAGCAACGCCAAGUCGACGAUGCCGACCACGCAAGCAAUGGCUGGGCUCAUCGCAACACUCAACGACAAAGCCAACUAUGGGCGAUCUGUAUGGCCACCCAAUGUACUCAAGAACAUGAGCACGUGGCAACAGCAAGACGCACAAGAGUACUUUUCAAAGCUGCUGGACCAAAUCGACAGGGAGGUGGCCAAGGCUACAGCAACCUACAAGAAGUCCUUGGCAUAUGACGGCGACCUACCGCAGGACGACGGCGUAAGCAGCCACCACAGUGAUGAUAGCGGCUACCAUAGCUCCAGUCAAAGUUCAUCUGUUCCCGACAUUCAGCUGUCUAGGAAUCCACUCGAGGGGCUCAUUGCCCAGAGGGUAGUUUGUGUUAAGUGCAAUCACUUUGAAGGGCUGACAAUGAUCCCCUUCAAUUGUUUGACUCUCAACCUUGGCUCUGGACAACUUGGCUAUGACCUUUACGAGAGGCUGGACUACAAUGCCCGGGUUGAGUUUAUCGAAGGCGUUCACUGUCCCAGGUGCUCACUGCUCAAGAUGCAACAGAAGAUCAAGGGUCUGAUAGGGAUGGUCGCAACCGACGAGGCCAGAGUUUCGGAGUUUCGCGAGAGGUUAGCCGCGGUAGAAGAGGCGCUUGAAGAAGAUAUGCUUGACGACAAGACGCUAGCUGAGAAGUGCAAGGUUCCGGCUAAACAGCGAGUUGAGUCGACCAAGACAAAGCAGACGGCAAUUUCGCGGCCACCCAAGAGCUUGGUUAUUCACAUCAACCGGUCCGUCUUUGACGAGAGGACAGGCUACAUGUACAAGGACAGUUCCGCUGUCAGGUUUCCCAGCAUACUUGAUCUAGGACCUUGGUGCCUCGGAAGCGCGAAGAAGCGGGCUGAUCUGGAAGGUUCAAGCGGUGUCCUUCCGAGCUCGACCAGUAAUGGCGAGCAAACGGCUGAAGAUGAGGAGAAAUGGAAUGUUGAGCCGACGGCCUCCAUGGUGGCGGGCUCCCAACGCCCAUCCGCCCUAAGCGGGCCACUCUAUGAAUUACGCGCCGUUGUCACGCACCAGGGACGGCACGAUAGUGGCCACUAUGUUUGCUACAGGAAGCAUUAUAUCAGCCCUCCUGAGAAGGAAAACCAGCCUGAGACACCGCCGCCACAGCUUGUUGCCGAUGAUGAGGUGGCGGCUCCGAAGAUCCAGGCCCAGGACCAGAAGUCGAUAAGCGAGCCAAAUAGCACGGACGAAGAAGACGCCCCAACUCCUACCUCGGAAGAUGACGAGAAGACGCUCAUGCGCGAGGACGAAGAGGAAGCCACCUCGCAAUGGUGGCGACUUAGCGACACCGACGUCUUCAAGGUAGAUGAGGAGAAUGUGCUUGAAAGAGGGGACGUCUUUAUGUUGUUCUAUGAGUGUGUCGAACCGGAAAUGGUACGGAUACCAGAACGGGAAGUAACAAGGACCCUAUCUCCUCAAGCCAAACCCGGCAACCAUGUCGAUGACCAGUCAGAAUCGGUCACGCUGGUCGGGUCAGAGAAACUGGAGGAUGUGGAGAUGAUCAAGGCCGAGGCUCCGGAGGCUGGGAAGGAUAUGACAACGCCGACCGGGACGGUGACGGGUCAAUCGCCGGACAUAAAGGUCCAGGUCCAGCAUGCGGACUCGGUUGCGGCAUCGGGGAGCAUGGAGCAGGUUGAUUAGGACUUGGCCUACCUGUACACAAACUCGGCUCCGAUUUAUUUGUCCUCGAGUCCUUUGAGCCGGUGGCGUUAUAAGCGGGGGUAUGGCACCGUGAGGAAGACUUGUCCGAAGUAUCUUCAUAAAAGGCGUCAGGGCCCGGGGCGUGUUUUUUCUGCAUAGCGAGACGGCGUUCAGGAUGGAAAUGGACGGAUGCCGAA